AUGGGCUCCAUUCAAUCACCGUAUCCCCCCGGCAUUCACGUCCCUUGCCUGACGUGGUUUAAGCCGGACAGCACACAAUCCAUCGACUGGGAGCUUCAAGAGAAACACCUUGAAUUUCUUGUUCGCAGUGGAAUUCACGGCAUUGUGAUCGCUGGCACAAAUGGUGAAGCUGCUACCUUGACACCGGCGGAGAAAUCUAAGCUUGUUUCCCUUACUCGGUCCACAGCCCAGAAACUCGACCGGCCCAGCUUGCCAAUUACUUGUGGUACUUUCGGCGGGUCUACGCAGGCAAUCAUUGAAGACACGAAGUUGGCUGCCGAUGCAGGCGCCGAUUAUGCGCUUGUUCUUGUGCCAUCAUUUUUCCAUUUCGCUCUUGACGCGGCCGCCAUUGUGGGAUUCUUCGAGGAGGUAGCUUCGGCAUCGCCCAUUCCUGUUAUGAUUUAUAACUUCCCUGGCGUGGCUGCCGGUCUCAACGUUACCUCAGAGAUGCUCGAGACCCUGGGCGAGCACCCGAAUAUCGUCGCCGUGAAGUUGACCUGCGGAACAAUUGCCUCGGUCGCUAGAUCGGUCGCCAAGUUCGGCCGGGCUAUUGACAACCCAAAAUUCGUUGCUCUUGCAGGUCAAAGCGACUGGCUGGUUCCCUGCCUGAGUGUUGGUGGUGCUGGAUCCGUUACGGGACUCGCUAACCUGUACCCAAAGGCAUGCAUGGAGAUUUUCGACUUGUAUAGCUCCGGAAAAACAGCAGAGGCUGAGCAGCUACAAAUUCAAUUGGCUGUUGUUGAAUGGGGAUUUGGCAAGGGUGGUAUCAACGGCACAAAGUGGGUUGUCGCCAAAUAUCUGGGUUACCCAGAGGAGAGUGCUUGGUGCCGUCGACCUUAUCCCAAGUUUCUCGAUGAGGAGAAGCGUGCUUGGAUCACCAAGCAAGUCAAGGGACUGGAAGCUAUAGAGAAGGGGCUUUGA